AUGAAAGCACAUUAAAUUCCAAGAUUAUUUUGUGUUGCAGAUUACUAAAAAGAAAAUUUUUACUGUGCUGCAAAACAUUAAAGAGUACAAUCAUCUCUAGCCAUAAGAGAAAAAUCAUCAAAUUCAUUUCAUUCUAUGAUGCCUCCUUAAAAACCUCAAUUGAAAUUAAAUGAAGAUUAAAGCAAUAGAACUAGAGAAGGCUUUUAAAGGGUAAAAACAGACUCAAAUAUGCCUAUGCCAUUAAGAAAUGGAAGAAAUCUAAGUAUAACAAGUGGGGUUACUGCAAUUUUAACAAAUAAAACUACUUUUUAAUUACCUUAAAAAGCUGAAAAUCCUCAAUUAGUAAAUGGAUAUAAAAAUGAAAUUGUCACAUAUAUGAGAGAUAGAAGUGUAAUUAAUAUACUUAAUUUAGAGCAAAUCUAAUUUUAAAAUGACUGCUUUCUAAUUUUAAACAGAAAUCACAGAAAAAAUGCGUAGUAUUCUACUAGAUUGGUUAAUAGACGUUCAUCAUAAAUUCAAAUUAGAUCCAGAAACCCUUUUCCUGACAAUUUCAAUAGUUAAUAGGUAUGUAUUACCUAAAUUUGAGAGUACUUGAAUUACAUCAGAUACCAAAAUAAAAAUUUUAACUUUAUGGAAUUGCUGCAUUAUUUAUAGCAUCUAAAUAUGAAGAAGUAUACUCUGUCCCUCAUGUAAGAGAUUUAGUGUAUGUUUGUGAUAAUGCAUAUCCCAAAGAAGAAAUUUUAGAAGCAGAGGGAAAAAUUAUUUCAUUACUAUCUUUUGAUCUGUUAACAACUAGCCCGUAUAGAAUGCUAAACAUUUAUUAAGAAACAGCUAAACUGGAUUAAAAAAAUUUUAUGCUUUGCAGGUACAAUACAUUUUAUCAAAACCUCUAGAUAUUUAAUAGAACUGUCAUUACUAGAAUAUUCUAUGAUUUAAUAUUCAAAUAAUGUUUUAGCAAGUGCUGCUAUUUAUUUAGUUCAUAAAAUCAGAAGAAUUCAUCCCUCUUGGAGUUAAGAUUCGAUGGUAUCUAUAACUGGAUUAAAUGAAAUUGACAUCAGAACUUGUGCAAAAGAAAUGUGUAAUCUCCUACAAGGUCAAGAUAAGAAGCAAUUUAAUUCAAUUAGAAAAAAGUUCUCCUUGCCAAAAUAUUUAGAGGUUUCUAAAAUUAGAAUUGAAAAGCGUCCCUCUUAACAUUUACAUACACUCUAAUAUUGA